UGGGUCCUCAAGAGAGGCAAGUGACCCCCCAAGCAGUGCCUACUGUGCAAUGGGCGGCGCCCCAAGCUUCCCAGGCAUGACUCAAGCUCCCUUCUCCAAGGCUGAUGGUGCGGGCGGCAGUCAAAGCGCUAAGUCCCUCACUCCAGACCGUGGUGGAGAUACAGGCAAGCCUGGUGGCAUUGUUGGUAAUAGCAAGAAACGGUCUAUUAGCGACUUGGGUCAAUUGAGCACUCAAGAUAUGCUUCUCA